CCGGCCGAGUGGCGGAAGUGCUGUGAGCGAGGUGAGCCCGCAGUGCAGUAGCCGCGCGGGGCUAGGACGCAGAGCUGUGGCCAUUGCUUCACCUCCCUCCGGGCACGUGAGGAUGACGCGCUUCGCCCUGACCGUUGUCCGGCAUGGGGAAACAAGAUUGAACAAAGAGAAAAUACUUCAAGGACAAGGAGUGGAUGAACCUCUUUCAGAGACUGGAUUUAAACAAGCAGCUGCUGCUGGUAGAUUUCUGAAUAAAGUGAAGUUUACUCAUGCUUUCUCCAGCGACCUCAUGAGGGCAAAGCAGACCAUGCAUGGGAUUUUGAAGCAAAGCAUGUUUUGCAAAGACAUGACCAUAAAAUAUGAUUCAAGACUUCGAGAAAGGAAAUACGGGACUGCGGAAGGCAAGCCGCUCAGCGAGCUGAGGGCAAUGGCCAAAGCAGCUGGGGAAGAAUGCCCUGUGUUUACACCGCCCCAAGGAGAGACAUUAGACCAGGUGGAAAUGCGUGGAAAAGACUUCUUUGAAUUUCUGUGUCAACUAAUCCUGAAAGAAGCAGGUCAAAAAGAACAGUGUUCUGCGGGAGCUCAAAGAAACAAUCUGGAAGCUUCUUUGGCAGAGAUAUUUCCUUUAGAAAAAAACUGCAGCUCUGAAGUUAAUUCCGACAGUGGAACUCCAGGAUUAGUAGCCAGUGUCUUAGUCGUGAGUCAUGGUGCUUACAUGAGAAGCCUGUUUGGUUAUUUUCUGACUGACCUUAAGUGUUCCUUACCAGCAUCUCUGAGAAAAUUUGAACUGUCGUCAGUCAGUCCCAAUACUGGGAUCAGUCUCUUCAUCAUAAGCUUGGAGGAAGGAAAAGAACCUACAAUGAAGUGUGUUUGUAUGAACCUACAGGAUCAUCUAUCAUGAAAUGUGCUGAGUUUAGAUCUGCAUCAAAAUUCUAUCAGUUUUGAGCCUCUGAAGCGUGUGCCUUUGGCUUACUUUAUUUCCGUCCUUUGCUAGUGCUAAUUUGGAAACAGUUAAAAGUCAUAAACUCUCCUGGAAUGUCAGCCACAUCACACAGUAAUGGAAAGCUGUUUAGAAUUGACUUACAUUGUCCGAGUGCAGCCUGCGUUUUCUACCCUGCUUGGUCCCAUCUCUGAGUUAUAAAUGGAAGGAACUCAGUAUUGCAAGUUGGGAUUCAUAACCUUGAUACUGGAUUUUUUUCCCCUUUUAAAAAAUGUUUGUUCUUUAAUGAAAAAAUCUAGCUUAUUUUGUUGAUUGAUUCUUGGUAAGAUACUGUAUAUUUUUUCCUAUCUCAUCAAAGUCUUGAAAGAACUAUUUAUAUUUCCCAUUGCAUAUUUAUAGUGACUGUUGUAUUUUAAAAGAAAAGUUCUUUAAAUGGAAAAUUCAUACCAUCAUAAGUUUAUGUAAAGUAAAACGAUAAAAUGACACUAAAACAUUUUACCUAGAAAUCAGCUGUUGGAAUUUUUUAUUCUAGAGGGGGUUUGAAAUAUGGGUGAAUGCAGAUUGUUGAGUGUAGAGCAACCUGGGGGAGGAAGCCAAGACUUCAUCUGACUAAAACACAUUACAGAUGAACUCUCUGGGCAGAAGGUAAAAGAGCAGCAUGCUGUAAACAGUAUCUUGCAAAAGACAAGUGAGUGGAAGCCAAGAAAGUCCCCUAAAACAAGUUUGACUCAGAGCGAAGACCACCAUUCACUUGCUUCAUAUUUAACCUGUAGGCUGAAGAAUUUUCAGUUUGGUGAAGGUUCCAAAGAAAGGGAAAAGUUAAUAGUGAACUAUGUAGUAACCUCAGAACCAAGAGGGAGCUUCCUUGAAAAUCAUGGGGCAGAAGGCAAAAAUGAAGUUGCCUCUUCUUUCCACCAGAUGGCACUGGAGGAAAGGAAUCUUGACUAACCUAAUGUGGACAUGGGGUUGUUCCUUCAAAAGUCCUUGUCUAAAUGAAGUCGGUAGUUUGCUUUUAAGUAAUCACGUUGAUGAGUGCCAUGAGUCUCACCUUACAAGAGGAUGAAUGUUCAACCUGUCAGUUAGGGCUAAAAUCACUUAUGUUGACAUGUUCUUUGAUUAUCAAUUUAAAUCAGCUGUAAAGUUCUAUACUACAGCAUCCUCGGUGUGUACACCGCUACCAUUUUUUCUGCCUAUAUUGAAACAAGGCAUGAAUUUGAGCACCAGAGGAAGUAUACUAUUAAUAAAUACUUGAAAUGAUAACCUAAAAGAACAAAUAACAACCUCAUUCCCACUGUCCCUAAGUAAUAACUUUCCUUUUUUUUUUCCCCAAAGAAAAAAACAUUGAGAUGUAAGAAGAGUUUCUUUUCAUUCUCACAGUGCUGCUCCCUUGCAGAGGCGACCAGUGCAGUGAGUGUAUUUGUGUUCAUCUGUUCUUUUCAUCUUCACCUCAUGUCUGUAAGGCAACAGUAUUAUUUGGUGCUUUAGAAAUGUUCGUAAAUAUCAUCGAGCUCUCUGUAUACUUUAUUUUUACCUAUUCUGUGUUGGAGCACUCUUGAGAUAUAUAUAGAUCUAGUUAAUUAUCACUGUACUCUAAUGAAUAAAUUUAGCACAUUUGGUUUA